UAGUGUGUGGUCACAGCGUCGGUCCUUCGUUGCGUGCUUUAUCGCCGGAAGCGCAAUGAUUGAGUUGCAGUUCAGUUGGAUGCACACUUUAUUGAUACCCUUGGCGAUGGUCUUCACCCUUCCCUGGUUUUACGUGCUAUUGAUUUUAUCGUCCGUGCCUUAUUUGCAUCUUUGCAAUUUUCUGCGGUCACCCUGGGCAUCGAAAGAGAAGGACGAAGAAUUUUGGAACAACGUCCGUUGGUUGUUGGCACAUGUUUGGAACCUUCACAGUAAACUUCUGCAUGGAUACGAAGUGACGGGUCUGGAGAAUCUUCCAAAAGACGGACCAGCACUGAUCAUUUACUAUCAUGGCGCACUUCCCAUCGAUAUGUAUUAUCUGACCGCUGAGACUAUGCUGAAGCGGAAUCGUCUGAUCCACACGGUCGGGGAUCGCUUUUUGGACAACAUUCCCGGUUGGAAGCUUGUUUCGCGAGUCAUGAAAGUGACCGCCGGGUCAGUUCGUUCGUGUGUCGAAACGCUGCGUGCCGGAGAACUGUUGUCCAUUGCACCAGGCGGUGUGUACGAAGCACAGUUCGGCGACAAUCGGUACGAAGUGCUUUGGAAGAAACGGACCGGUUUCGCACGCGUUGCAUUGGAAGCAAAGGUGCCCAUCGUUCCGAUGUUUACUGUUAACAUUCGUGAAUGUUUUCGAACGGCAUCGUUUUUCAAAUGGCCGUUCCUACGAAUAUACAACGUGCUGAAGUUACCGAUUCUUCCGAUCUACGGAGGGUUUCCUGUGAAGCUGCGCACGGUGCUGGGUCAACCGAUUCCAUACGAUGCGACACUAACACCGGAAGCACUGCAGGACAAAGUAGCAUUGGCCAUCGAAAGCAUAAUCAAAGAAAACCAGCACGUCCCCGGAGAAAUAUGGCGAGCCAUAGGAGAUCGGUUUGAAACGGCGCAUAGUUUAAAAAACUAAGAAUGAAUUGUAGGAAGUCGUGUUAACAAAUUUAAUUCAAUUUCUACUAUGGAGGCAUUU